AAGAGGUCUCAUCUGAGCGAGGCUGAUGGAAACUGGUCAUCGAAGCAGUCAACACGGUUGUCAUUUAGUGAGGUUUUACCAAAAUGAGAAGCCCAUGAAAUUUUCCUGCUCCUGGGGUUCUCACCAUUGAAAACUACACAAUCCAUGGAAACCACGUUCAAAAUUUCUACGACCAUUAGCUAGCACAACAUAAACCAUUUCUUCUGGAUCUGUUGUACAAUUUGGGACUGAUUUCUGCAAAGUAACUAACCAUGGCUUUUGUUGGAGAGGCUUUUCUAUCUGCUUCCAUUCAGAAGCUUGUCGAUAUGUUGGCCUGCCCCGACCUCCGGAAGUUCGCCCGCGAAGAACAAGUCCACGCCGAGCUCAAGAAGUGGGAGGGAAUACUGCUGAAAAUCCAUGCAGUGCUUCAUGAUGCUGAGGAGAAGCAGAUGACUAAUCGGUUCGUGCAGAUAUGGUUAGCCGAGCUCAGAGACUUGGCCUAUGAUGUUGAGGACAUCUUGGACGACUUCGCCACUGAAGCUUUACGGCGCAACCUGAUCAAAGAUGAUCCUCAGCCAAGUACUAGUACGGUACGCAGCCUCAUCUCCUCCUUAUCUUCUCGUUUCAAUCCAAAUGCUUUGGUGUAUAAUCUCAAUAUGGGGUCUAAGAUAGAGGAGAUCACUGCAAGAUUACAUGAGAUUUCUACCCAAAAGGGUGACCUGGAUUUGAGAGAGAAUGUUGAAGGGAGGUCCCACAGGAAGAGAAAAAGAGUCCCUGAAACAGCUUCUCUGGUGGUCGAGUCUCGUGUUUAUGGCAGGGAAACUGAUAAAGAGGCGAUACUUGAAGUGUUGCUGAGGGAUGAAUUGAUUCAUGAUAAUGAAGUCUGCGUGAUUCCUAUAGUCGGCAUGGGAGGUGUCGGCAAAACUACACUUGCCCAGCUUGCCUACAACGACGACAGAGUGAAGAAUCACUUUGAUCUGAGGGCUUGGGUUUGUGUUUCUGAUGAUUUUGAUGUUUUGAGGAUAACAAAAACGCUUUUACAGUCAAUUGCUUCUUAUACCCGUGAGAUCAAUGAUCUAAACUUGCUUCAAGUCAAGAUGAAAGAGAAAUUGUCUGGAAAGAAGUUUCUGCUUGUUCUAGAUGAUGUCUGGAACGAGAACUAUGACAAAUGGGAUAGCUUGUGCACUCCCUUGCGAGCUGGGGGACCUGGAAGUAAGGUUAUCAUCACUACUCGCAACAUGGGUGUCGCGACACUUACCAGAACGGUUUCGCCUUACCUUCUGCAGGAGCUGUCAAAUGAUGAUUGUCGAGCUGUGUUCGCGCAGCAUGCAUUGGGAGCAAGGAACUUUGAAGCUCAUCCGCACUUGAAAAUAAUUGGAGAGGAAAUGGUGAACAGGUGCAGGGGCUUGCCUUUGGUGGCAAAGGCCCUAGGAGGCAUCUUGCGAAAUGAACUAAACCAUGAGGCAUGGGACGAUAUAUUGAAGAGUAAGAUCUGGGAUCUACCAGAAGAGAAAAGUGGUGUUCUUCCAGCUCUCAAAUUGAGCUAUCAUCACCUGCCAUCUCAUCUGAAGCAGUGCUUUGCUUAUUGCGCUAUUUUUCCCAAGGGAUAUGAAUUCAAAAAGGAUGAAUUAAUCCUUUUAUGGAUGGGAGAAGGAUUUCUGCAGCAAACAAAAGGGAAGAAGCGAAUGGAGGACUUAGGUUCCAAAUACUUCUCUGAGUUGUUAUCAAGGUCGUUCUUUCAACAAUCAAGUAACAUAAUGCCACGAUUCAUGAUGCAUGAUCUCAUCCAUGAUUUGGCUCAAUCUAUUGCCGGAAAUGUAUGUUUGAAUUUGGAGGAUAAGUUGGAGAAUAAUGAGAAUAUUUUUCAAAAGGCUCGCCAUUUGUCAUUCAUUCGUCAGGCCAAUGAGAUCUUCAAAAAAUUUGAAGUUGUCGAUAAAGGGAAGUAUCUUAGAACUUUUCUAGCUUUACCCAUCAGUGUAUCAUUUAUGAAAAGUUUGUCAUUCAUAACUACGAAGGUGACACAUGACCUCUUAAUGGAAAUGAAAUGCUUACGGGUACUAUCUUUAAGUGGCUAUAAGAUGAGUGAUCUGCCGAGUUCAAUUGAUAAUUUGAGUCACCUACGAUAUCUCAAUCUAUGUCGCUCUUCAAUUAAAAGGUUACCUAAUUCAGUAGGUCAUCUGUAUAAUUUACAAACCUUAAUAUUACGAGAUUGUUGGAGUCUCACUGAGAUGCCUGUGGGGAUGGGAAAUUUAAUCAACCUUCGACAUCUUGAUAUUGCUGGGACAAGUCAAUUAGAAGAGAUGCCCCCACGAAUGGGCAGCCUGACAAAUUUGCAAACAUUGUCUAAGUUUAUUGUGGGGAAAGGUAACGGGUCGAGCAUACAAGAAUUGAAGCACUUGUUGGAUCUUCAAGGAGAACUUUCCAUUCAAGGAUUGCAUAAUGUGAGAAAUACUCGAGAUGCAAUGGAUGCUUGUUUAAAGAAUAAGUGCCACAUUGAAGAACUAACAAUGGGAUGGAGUGGUGAUUUUGAUGAUUCACGAAAUGAAUUGAAUGAAAUGCUUGUGCUCGAGUUGCUACAACCUCAAAGAAAUCUGAAAAAGCUCACAGUUGAGUUCUAUGGAGGACCGAAAUUCCCAAGCUGGAUAGGGAAUCCUUCAUUCUCAAAAAUGGAGUCCCUGACCCUUAAAAAUUGUGGAAAAUGCACAUCGCUACCAUGUCUUGGACGACUAUCUCUACUCAAAGCCUUGCGCAUUCAAGGAAUGUGUAAAGUUAAAACCAUAGGUGAUGAAUUUUUUGGGGAGGUCUCUCUUUUCCAGCCUUUUCCAUGCUUGGAGUCUCUAAGGUUUGAGGAUAUGCCAGAAUGGGAAGACUGGUGUUUUUCUGAUAUGGUUGAGGAAUGUGAAGGAUUAUUUUCUUGCCUUCGAGAGCUUAGAAUAAGGGAAUGUCCCAAACUGACUGGAAGCUUGCCCAAUUGCCUACCUUCUCUGGCAGAGCUCGAAAUUUUUGAAUGCCCAAAGUUGAAGGCUGCACUUCCAAGACUUGCAUAUGUUUGUAGCUUAAACGUUGUAGAAUGUAAUGAGGUUGUGUUGAGAAACGGGGUUGAUCUGAGCUCCCUCACUACACUAAACAUUCAGAGAAUUUCCAGAUUAACUUGUCUAAGGGAAGGAUUUACCCAGUUGUUAGCAGCCCUUCAAAAACUGGUGAUAAGAGGAUGUGGGGAGAUGACAUCUUUGUGGGAGAACAGAUUUGGAUUAGAAUGCCUUCGGGGUCUUGAAAGUAUAGAUAUCUGGCAGUGCCAUGGACUUGUAUCCUUGGAGGAGCAAAGGCUGCCGUGCAAUCUCAAACAUUUGAAAAUAGAAAACUGUGCUAACCUGCAGAGGCUGCCUAAUGGUCUGCAACGUCUCACAUGUCUUGAAGAGUUGUCAUUACAGAGUUGCCCCAAACUGGAGUCAUUUCCAGAGAUGGGCUUGCCACCGAUGCUGAGAAGUCUCGUGCUGCAGAAAUGCAACACUCUGAAGUUACUACCUCAUAAUUACAACUCAGGUUUCCUUGAAUAUUUGGAGAUUGAACACUGCCCAUGCCUCAUUAGCUUUCCAGAAGGUGAGCUGCCUGCCUCACUUAAGCAACUGAAGAUCAAGGAUUGUGCAAAUCUACAGACUCUGCCAGAGGGAAUGACGCACCACAAUUCUAUGGUUAGCAACAACUCUUGUUGUCUUGAAGUCUUGGAGAUCAGAAAAUGUUCAUCCCUUCCAUCCCUUCCAACAGGCGAGCUACCCUCCACCCUUAAGCGGCUUGAGAUAUGGGACUGCAGGCAAUUUCAACCAAUUUCAGAGAAGAUGCUGCACAGCAAUACUGCACUUGAACAUUUGUCCAUUUCCAAUUAUCCAAACAUGAAAAUCCUUCCAGGAUUCCUCCACAGUCUCACGUAUCUCUAUAUAUAUGGUUGUCAAGGUCUUGUGUCCUUUCCAGAAAGGGGCUUGCCCACUCCCAAUCUCAGAGACCUUUAUAUUAACAACUGUGAGAACCUGAAGUCCCUUCCUCAUCAAAUGCAGAACCUUUUAUCUCUUCAAGAACUGAAUAUUAGGAAUUGUCAGGGCUUGGAGUCAUUUCCAGAAUGCGGUUUGGCCCCCAACCUUACUUCGCUCUCAAUCAGAGAUUGUGUGAAUCUGAAGGUGCCAUUAUCUGAAUGGGGCCUCCACAGGCUCACUUCUCUUUCAUCACUGUACAUUUCCGGUGUAUGUCCAAGUCUGGCAUCUCUUUCAGAUGAUGAGUGUCUUCUUCCUACAACUCUGAGCAAACUUUUUAUCAGUAAGCUGGAUUCCCUGGUCUGUCUGGCUCUCAAAAACCUCUCUUCCCUUGAAAGGAUAUCCAUCUACAGAUGCCCUAAGCUCCGGUCCAUUGGGCUGCCUGAAACGCUAUCAAGACUUGAAAUAAGGGAUUGCUAACAACAUCCCAAGAUGAAUUCUGCGCCCUGUAUAAAAAAAGGGAAAAAAAAACUCACUCAGGCUUGGGUGGGCGGUGGCUUUUGACAGCAUCACCGGCUUAUGGCUAAAACCGAGUGUAAAAUCUCUUGCCCUGCUUAAGCUGUUUUGUUCUUAUUUGUUUCAGAUCAAGGAAGCCGUUCAAUGACUCACUUGUCGUUUGCAUUGUGUUUUUCCCUCCUUCAACAAGGAAGGAAAGAAAUAAAGAAGAAUAGAAACAUAUGAAAUCCAAAAUUUCCGAACAUUAAGCAGCAAAUUCACAUGGUGAUGGUAGGAAGAAAAGAAUGAUGAAGGUGGUCAGUGCUUAUCAGGACUUGUUUUUCUGGUUUCUGCUAUUGUACACAAGCAUGAAUAUGUAUGCUAUUCUCAGUUACAUAUCAUAUACUUCUAUUGAUUUAUUUAUUUUCCAACUUCAAGUAAA